AUGAACCCUUUUGAAGAUAACCCAUUUGAUUUACCAUCAAACAACAAAAUAGUAGAUGGGGCCAAUUUAAUAACUGAUCCACUUUCUAAUAAUAACAAAAAUAAUAAUAGUAAUAAUAAUAAUAAUAAUAAUAAUAAUAAUAAUAAUAAUAAUAAUAAUAAUAAUAAUAAUAAUAAUAAUAAUAAUAAUAAUAGAAAAUCACUACCUGUAACUCCUUUAACAAAUAACAAUAAUAAUAAUAAUUUUUCAAGUGAUGAUAACCCAUUUUUAACAUCAAACGAUGAUAUAUCGAAUAAGAAGUUACCUCCAAUACCUAUUAGUAAUAAUACAAAACAACAUUUAGUAGGUGAAGAUGACUAUUUAAACCCAUUUUUAUCAAAACAAACCUCAAAUAACAAUCAACUCCAGCAACAACAACAACAACAACAACAACAACAACAACAACAACAACAACAACAACAACAACAACAACAACAACAACAAACACUUAAAAAUGAAGAUGAAUUAAAUCCAUUUUUAAUGCAAAACUCUAGUAUAAAUAAUAAAUCAGAAGAGGAAUUAAACCCAUUCUUAAAUACAUCCACAUCUUCUUGUAACAAUAAAGAAUCCAAUCCAAGUAAGAAUGAUGAUGAUUUGAAUCCAUUUUUACAAGAUACAAAACCAACCCCAAUAACUAAAAAACCUUUACCACCACCUCCACAACAACAACCACAACAAAAACAACAACAACAACAACAGCAACAAACACUUAAAAACUCAACAAAAGCAACGACAACAACAACAACAGCAGCAGUGACAUCUUUGGUAACUCAAAAUAAUAAUAAUAAUAAUAAUAAUAAUAAUAAUAAUAAUAAUAAUAAUAAUAAUAAUAAUAAUAAUAAUAAUAAUAAUAAUAAUAAUAAUAAUAUUGAUGCUGAUAAUUUAAUUAGAAAUGUAAAAAUUCAAAUGAAUAAAGAGUUUGAAUCUAAAGAAAAUACUUAUAGAUCUAAUAUGAUGAAAGUUAUACAAGAAAAAGAAUCAUUACAAUUAUCAUUAGAUCAAUUGAAUACAAAAUUUUUGAAAUUAUUAGAAGAGAAUGAAGAAUUAAAAAAUACAAAUAAAUUUAUAAAUAAACAUAAAAACAUUUUACAACAAUCUUCUUCAUCACAACAAGAAGAUGAAAAUCAAAAAAAUCAAUGUAAUAAUAAUAAUAAUAAUAAUAAUAAUAAUAAUAAUAAUAAUAAUAAUAAUAAUAAUUCAAAUAAUUCAAAUAAUUCAGAACAAUUAUCAAGUUUUAAAUCAUUUAAUUUAAAUCAAGAGUUAAGGAAAUUAACAAAUUAUAAAACUAUAAAGGAAAAAAAAGAAAUACUUAGACAAUCAGUAAUAUCAAUGGAUAUGGAUGCAAGUUUAAUGGUUAUGCAUUAUUUAUACAAUAGUUUAAAUACAAGAUUAUUCUUUGAGGUUAUAAAUUCAAUUAGUGAUAGUAAUAAAUUUGGUUUAUAUGAUAUGUUUUUAGGUUAUUUAAGAAGAAUUGGUAAAUUUAAUGAUGUAAUAACUUUACAAAAACAAAAUAAUCAAAGAAAUGAAGAAAUCUAUAUUAAUCUAUAUAUGGCAAUUCAAGAAAAAGAUUUAAAUAGAAAAGUAAUAUUAUUAAAUCAAUGGUGUGUAAAUUUUGGUAAACAACAACAACAACAACAACAACAACAAACUGGUAAUAGUAUUAAUAAUAAUAAUUUAGAUAUUUAUUUAAAACAAGUUGAAACUUAUUUAUCAGUAUUAGAUAGACAAAUUAAAAUUGAACAAUUUGAUAGUGAAUUAGCUUUAAAGGGUGAUCCAAUAUUUCAAAGAGUACCAAGACCAACUACAUUAAUUGGUAAAUCAGUUAGUGAUACAAUUUAUUAUUGUUUAGUUUAUCAUCCAAGUGCACCAAAAGAUAAAUUAUCGUCACCAAUAAGUUAUAAAGAGAAUUAUAAAGUUUCAAAUAAAAUCUAUCUUUACAAUCAACUCACUAGUAGAUCAAGAUUACAAGAUUGGCAAUACAUUAAUAGUAUACUACCAAAGAAGAAAGGCAUUUUUACAAAAUCAUUUGUAUCUGAUAUACCAAUUGAAGCAUUCGUUGAAAUCUUAACAAUAAAUAUGGCGCCAUUGGAUCUCAUUGAACAAUGCGCACGUAUGAUUCAAGAUGAUCAACGUCGUUAUGAAUGUUCAAUCCAAUAUAACAUCUAUCAAGUAGCUUUAGAAUCUUUAAUCUCAAUGAGACAAUUAAAGAAAGUUCAACAAUUUAGAAUUAAAAUUCAACAAAAUUUAGGUAUUAACCAUCCAAUAAUUCAAUCUUUAGAUGAAUCUUUAUCAAAUUCAAAAAUAAAAUGGAAAUAA